GGAGGAGUCAGGUGAACACAGACAGCAGCAGCAUCUGUCAGUGUCUGCUGAUGAAGGUACCACGUCUCUUUGACCUCAUCUGAACGGGACUUUAACAGCAGAGCAGCCUGACAGAUAUGGCUGCUGCAAACUACCUCCAAUCUGAAGAUCAGUUUCUGUGCUCCAUCUGUCUGGAUGUGUUCACUGAUCCUGUCAGCACACCAUGUGGUCACAACUUCUGCAAAAACUGCAUCACUGAACACUGGAAUACUAGUAACAAGUGCCUUUGUCCCCUGUGUAAGGAGGGUUUUACCACAAGACCUGAUUUGAGAGUCAACACUUUCAUCUCUGAGAUGGUUGCUCAGUUCAGACAGUCAGCUCAACAGAAAGCCAGCAGCAGCAGCUCAGAGCAACAAGUGUCCAAACCAGGAGAAGUUCCCUGUGACGUCUGCACUGGAACCAAACUGAAGGCCCUGAAGUCCUGCCUGGUGUGUCUGGUCUCCUACUGUGAGACUCACUUGGAGCCUCAUCUGACAGCUUCACGUCUGAAAAGACAUCAGCUGAUCGACCCUGUGGAGAACCUGGAAGGCAGGAUGUGUACGAAACACGAUAAACCUCUGGAGCUGUUCUGUAAGACCGACCAGACAUGUGUCUGCAUGCUCUGCACUGUUUUAGACCACAAGGUGCAUGAUGUUGUUCCUCUGAAAGAAGGAUAUGAAGGAAAGAAGGUAGAGCUGGGGAAGACAGGGGCUGAAAUUCAGCAGAUGAUCCAGAAGAGACGACUGAAGAUUCAGGAGAUCAAACACUCAGUCGACCUCAGUGAGGAAGAUGCAGACAGAGAGAUAGCAGAAGGUGUUCAGGUCUUCACUUCU